AUGGUCCGUACAAUCGCCAUGACCCGUGUGCUCACGUUGCUUACCAGUAAUCACGUGCAGGUCCACGCCGAUGCGUCCAAUUUCGCCGACGGAAUCACCAAAGAUGAUGCAUAUGAGCAUGUUUUAAUGCAGGCCGAGGGCUUGUUCACAGACCAACGGAACUGGCAAUCUCGCCAACGCCGCGGCCUUGUUGUGGCACGCCUACAGAUCCUUGCCUUCCCCGAGCAAGGAAGUAAACUGGGCCGGAGAGAGGCGGCAUUCGUAACUCGUGAUGCAGGCUUCUACGUUCUCGACCCUUCGUCCAGGAAACCUCGGCUCAUCCUCGGACCGUUUCAGGGCAAAGUCGCCUGCCAGACCAUCGAGUUUGGCCGCGGAGUCUGCGGUGCCGCCGCAGCUACGCAGAAGACGCAGCUGAUAGCCGACGUGGACCAGUUCCCGGGCCAUAUUGCCUGUGACGGCGAUAGCAAAAGCGAGAUUGUGGUGCCGAUUCUGGCCGACACCGAUGGGAGCGGGGUGAAGAAGGUGGUGGCCAUUAUUGACGUUGAUUGUACGGUUGAGAAUGGGUUUGAUGAUUUGGACAGGAAGUAUUUAGGGGACUUGGCGGAUUUGCUGGGGAAGAGUUGUGACUGGUAG